CGAGUGGAAGGAGAAAACGGAUCCCCUUAGGAACCUCAUUAAAGAGCUGAUGGAGAUCCGCUGGUAUGACAGCUCCUCACUGCCAUGCCUGCAGAGUCUGCUGAACAUGCUGUCUGCAGAAUGUGUUGAGGACAGAGAAAUAUUGCUUAAUGUUUUCAAGCAAGAGGGCGGUCCAACGCUCUUACAGAAGAUGAUUGAGUCUUGCAGGCUUGACAAGUCACGAGUGCAGAUAAUAACGUUGAGGAAUAAGAUUACUCUGCUUCUGUCAGAACAUGAACUCUUUGGAGUUGGAAAACAGUUCGAGAAGACUGGAGACAUUGCAGGAGAUCCCUCAGACGAAAUCAAGCUGUGGCCCGAGCAGAGUGGCAAGGUGUACAUCCCCUACAGCAUCUCCAUCGCCUUCAAUGCCAGUGACAAAGAAGCCAUUCAGCAGGCCUGUGAUGAGCUGACGGAGAAAACGUGCGUCAGACUUAUACCCAAAGACCCCCAGGAGGACUACUUUUACUUCAGAGCGCUGGGCAGGGACUCCUCCUCACUGCUGGGUGCCAGGGCAGGAAAAGCAUCUCGGUCCAUCGCCCUGGAGCUCAGCGAGGUUGAGAAGGGCGCGGUGCUUCAUGAGCUCAUGCACGUGUUCGGGUUCCAUCGUGACCAGCAGAAUGGAAGCCAUGACUGGGUCAAGCACCGAGAUGGUAAAGUCUACAUUCUCUACGAUGUCUGCUCUGGUUUUGACACCAAUGACAAGGAGAACAUCCAGCAUGCAGUCAAUGAGUUUGCAGAGAAAACCUGUGUUCGGCUCAUCCGGAAAGACAACCAGGAGGACUACAUCAACUUCCAGGCGCUGGACGGGAGCUGGUCCUUCCUGGGCAAGAAAGGAGGGGCCCAGUCUUUGUCCCUGGAGCCCAGGAAGGUGACCAAGGGCAUCGUUCUGCACGAGCUCAUGCACACGCUCGGCUUCCACCACGAGCACUGUCGCAGUGACCGUGACCAGCACAUAAAGGUCCACGAGGACAACGUCAAGGAAGAUGAGCUUGGGCAGUUCAAACGGCUGGAAUGCAGUGGCUGUAGAGAAUAUCUGCCCUACGACUACCUCUCGAUCAUGCACUACGGCAGGUAUGCCUCGUCCUCGGACUACAUGAGUGAGACGAUCACCCCCACGACAACAGCUAGAGCUCCCAUCGGCCAGAGGAGCGGCCUCAGCCCCCUGGACGUGCUCAGGGUGCAGCGCAAGUACCAACCGAUCCUGGCUGGUGUGUCGGAGGACAAAGCCUUGAAGGUCGCUCUUGCUAAGACGGCCGCUCUUUGUGAAACCCUGCAGGAGCCUCCCCGUCCGACACAAGAUCUUGCAGUACAAGCGGAGAUGAUUGAGCAGAUGCUGACGCACCACUGGCAGGGGCUCCAAUUGGAACAAAUGGAGGCUAUGAAGAAAUAACUCUUGAAGAGUAGCUGCUCGAUUUGGUGGCUUUACACAAAUGAGCAUCAGCGAACUGCUAGUUUCCACUGCUGACUAUAAAAAAAUGGAACACCUCCACUUUGUUAUACUCUCUCCAAAAGUUAUACGUUUGCCGUUGUGUUACUACAACGUCACCAAUGAACACUUGCCACAAGACGGCAGUACAACAAAAGUAUGGACUCCACGUGUUCUGUCUUUACACAAUAUUCCCUCGUUCUUCACAAACUUUAUAUUCGCGAUUUUGGUUAUCCACGAAUCGCAUCGGGAACUCUAGACGACUGCAUCGAGAGAAUGUGAUGAGAUAAAGUGAUGAGAGAGAGCAUGGAAUGAUAUGUAUUAUCUAUGAAUUUAAGGUAAUUCGUUAAGACGAUAGGUUUUCGUAGGCCAAUAUCCGCAAAAUGUGCUAUUCACAAGCAUGUCUGGAACAUAUCCUUCGCGAAUAACAAGGGAAACUGCAUGAUACCUCGAAUGCUCAUGUAAACGCUCAUUAAUUGGCUGAAAACGUCUUAAUAUAUAGGGAACCACACAACUUUGGCAGUUGUUGACGCCAGCUCACCGCCUGGCUGUCUUUCAGCUUCUCUUUGAGAGUGAGCAUAUACUGUGGCGUGUUACAAGUUGAAAUUAAUAUUAUUUCAUAAGCACUAAUUUAUCUACACUGUAAAUGUUGGAAAUGUUUAUUUUUCAAUAGGAUAACUUGACCCCAGCUUGUGUUUUGAAAUAAUACAAGUUAUGAAAUUACACAAGUGUACAUAUUGGUUACCACAGGACCAUAAUACAUUAUUUUUACUGUUGCCUAUGAAAACUUGGUAAUCUAGUCUGGUAAAUGACAAGUCAUAUCCAUCUGUGUGCAGGUUAACUUUAUGAUUCCACUCCUUGCUAGGAGGGUUUUAGCUUUAAAAAAAUGUACAGCAUAAUUACUGUUUACUGGUUAAUCAUGUUUGAGUUCAGUUUUUUUUACAUAUAUAUUUGGCAAAUGAUUUUUUUUUUACUUCCUGGGAAGAUGGAAUAUUUUUACAAUUGAGUGAAAGGGAACUCUAUAGAGUAAUACACAACACAGGCCUUGCCCCUACUUUGCAUUUAUUACCAGUUCAGAAUUUCAGAAUUUAUCAGCAGCAAGGAGUACACUGCGCUGCAUAGGUAAAUAUAUGUUGGCUGGUCUAGUAGUGUGUGAUACGAGGUGACUAUACUUUACUGAUGAGUUCUGAUAACGAUGUAACGAUGUUGUCUUCCACCUGU